CUUCAAACUAGAGCAUUCACGAGAGUCAGGCUGAACCAACACAGAAAUGAAAGUUUUAAAGAUACUCACAUGCAUAUUGAUUCUGAUAUUUGUGUCAGAGGUUUGGUCGCAUGUAGAAAUCGAAGCGGAAGAUUAUUUUUUUCCAUUAGAACCUGUAAUUAAUUUCUGCAAAAUGGCCGACCAAUGUCAACAUGAUUUCGUGCCCAUUUGCGGACAAGACUCCUUGGGUAUUUCUAGAAUGUUUAAUGACAACUGCGAUCUAUAUGAAUACAAUUGCGAUGAGAAAAAACAGUACCGCCAUGUUAAGAUUGAUGUAUGCAGAUACGAGGCAGCUGCUAUGGAACGAGCUUAGAUAAUGUUGCCAUUUAAUGAAUUGUAAUUUGUUAUUAUAUUUAAUAAUAAAAAAUAUAAAAAAAUAGUUAAUGAUAGUAAACGUAAAAAAAAAAUUUACUCUAAUGUUUGUAAAGCGCUGACAAAAUCUAGCGGCUAUAGUUUGUUAUUUUUUUAAUGUUAUUUUUUUAAAACAGUUUCCUGCAAUAAAAUAAACGUUAAAAAUAUAACCUCCACACACUAACAAGACGCCAAUAGCAGAGUAUAUAAUUAGAUCGCAAAUAAUGUUCACAAACAGAAGCAACGUGUGCAUGUUUGACAAACAACUGACUCGCGUAUUUGACGUAUGACUUACAGUGAAGUGUUGACCUUAGUGUGGGCGUUUUGAAUAAGAGUGAAAUACAUUGACAUCUAACUCUCGUUUGUUGGAUUCACUUCACAUUCUGUUUUUUUUUAAUUAUACUUAUAAAAAUUAACAAUAACUUAUUGAUUAGAAUUUAGUGCUUUUCUUAACAAUAGAGUGAGUCAUAAAUUGAUAUAUUAAAUUAAGUUGACAAUGACAUUAAACGGAAGUUACUAUUUGAUAUACUUUAAAGCCAUGGUCAUGUCAGUACCAUUGAAUCACAAUUAUUUUAAUUUCGUAACAUUUUCAUAUAUAAUAAAUGUUGUGAAAAAUAUAUAGUAAGUAAUUUAAAACAAAGAAAAAAUCAGUUACGUCUGGUCUAUUUUAUAAUCGAUUGUUGUUAAAUUCUUUAAGAUACGAUAAUACAUACAAUAAAGUAGUUUUUUGAAAUCUAUAUUUACGUAGUUACCAUAAAAGCCGAACAGUAACACGUGCGACUGUUUGGGCUCACAUCUUUGAUACAUUUCCAGUUACCUUGCUACUUAUAUUGUAGACACAAUCUACAAUAUACAGCGGGUGUAAAAAAUUAUCCGAUGUACUUUUAUCUG